AGGCACUUUGCAACUCUGAAACAGAGAGAGAGACGGAGCCUGGUGGGUGCAGGUUAACGAAGAUCCACGCCACUGCGUACGUUAGCACGUCGGGAUGCAUUCUGUGCCCUCUGUGUCCACGGCCCGUCUCUUUCUCUCUCUACCUUCUUCGUUAUCCUGCGCCUCAGACCCACCUCGCUGUCCCAUUCUCGCUCUUCGUCUAGGGUUAGGACUGCUUCCUAAUCUCUCUCUCCCAUCUCCAAGCCCUACGGUUUCCAUGCUUCUCAGAAACCGAGGGUUUCACUUCUUCUCGAGGUUCUUGACACUCUGUCGCCGCGACGCAUCCUUCCAUGGACGUCAAGCGCCCGUCGAGCAACGGUCUCUCCUACUCGAAUCUGUUCAAUCUUGAGUCUUUGAUGAACUUUCAACUUCCACAACAAGAUGAUGAUUUUGAUUAUUAUGGGAAUAGUAGUCAGGAUGAGAGCAGAGGUAGCCAAGGUGGAGCAAUGGUGGAACAUGGCAAUGGGAAUAUGAAGAGGCGGUCCCGCAUUGAGUCUGCAAAUAGUGAAGAGGAGGACGAGGGUGGCAGUUACGGGACACGCAUUACAGAGGAGCAGUAUCGAUCAAUGCUUGGGGAACACAUUCAGAAAUAUAAGAGGAGGCUUAAAGAUUCCUCAACAAGUCCUGCAUCUGCCCGAAUGGGGAUAUUAGUUCCAAAAAGUAAUUUAGGUUUAAAAGGCAAGAAAUUGGGGAAUGAACACAGAGGAGGAUUGCAUGACUCGGAAACUACAGCUGAGUACCCUGCUGAUAGUUGUCCAAAGCCUGGAAACUAUCAUGGGUCACAUUUUGCACCGGAAUAUGGUAGUGAUAGGAAAUUUUAUGAACCUUCUUUUUUGGAUAUUGGAGAGGGUAUUACUUAUAGGAUCCCUCCAACCUAUGACAAGCUGGCAGGACCACUGAAUUUGCCGAGUUUUUCAGAUAUUCGGGUGGAAGAAUUUUACUUGAAGGGUACCUUAGAUUUAGGAUCCUUGGCUGCAAUGAUGGCCAGUGAUAAAAGGUUUGGGCCUAAAUGCCAAGGAGGGAUAGGUGAUCUGCAUCCCCAAUAUGAAUCACUUCAGGCAAGAUUGAAGGCCUUAGCAGCCUCUAAUUCGGCCCAGAAGUUUAGUCUUAAAAUCACUGAUGCUGGCUUGAAUUCUUCCUCAAUCCCGGAGGGUGCAGCAGGAGGAAUACAGAGGUCUAUCUUGUCUGAGGGUGGUACAUUGCAAGUUUAUUACGUGAAAGUUUUGGAGAAAGGAGACACAUAUGAGAUCAUUGAAAGAAGUCUACCUAAGAAACAAAAGGUGAAGAAAGAUCCUUCUAUGAUUGAGAGGGAGGAAAUGGACAAGAUUGGAAAAGUAUGGGUAAACAUUGUCAGACGAGACAUACCCAAACAUCAUAAGGUUUUUACUAAUUUUCACAGGAAGCAAAUAACUGAUGCGAAGAGGUGCUCAGAAAUCUGUCAAAGAGAGGUGAAAAUGAAGGUGAGUAGAUCACUUAAAUUAAUGAGAGGCGCUGCAAUUCGCACAAGGAAACUGGCAAGAGACAUGCUGGUAUAUUGGAAGAGAGUAGAUAAAGAAAUGGCAGAAGUGAGGAAAAAGGAGGAAAAAGAAGCUGCAGAAGCUUUGAGGCGUGAACAAGAGCUUCGAGAAGCAAAGAGACAACAGCAGAGGCUCAAUUUUCUGUUGUCACAGACAGAACUCUACAGUCACUUUAUGCAGAACAAGCCAACUUCACAGCCCUCUGAAGCUUUACCUGUAGGAGAUGAUGAACAAAAUGAAGAAGAUGCAGCUUUGGGUUCUUCUGAUGCGAGGUCUGGAGAGGAUGAAGAUCCUGAGGAAGCUGAACUGAAAAUGGAGGCUUUGAAGGCUGCUCAAGAUGCAGUCUCUAAGCAGAAGAAGCUUACUAGUGCAUUUGAUAAUGAAUGCCUGAAGCUGCGACAAGCUGCCGAACCUGAGGCACCUUCACAGGAUGCCUCAAUUGCAGGGUCUAGCAGCAUAGAUCUUCUGCACCCCUCUACCAUGCCUGUAACAUCAUCAGUGCAGACACCAGAGUUGUUUAAAGGCUGCCUCAAAGAAUAUCAACUAAAAGGCCUUCAGUGGCUGGUUAAUUGUUAUGAGCAGGGUUUAAAUGGUAUUCUAGCUGAUGAGAUGGGCCUGGGAAAGACUAUUCAAGCCAUGGCAUUCUUGGCUCAUUUGGCAGAGGAAAAAAAUAUAUGGGGGCCUUUCCUUGUUGUUGCUCCUGCUUCCGUCUUGAACAACUGGGCUGAUGAAAUUAGUCGUUUCUGCCCUGACUUGAAAACUCUUCCAUAUUGGGGUGGGCUUCAAGAGCGGACAAUACUUAGGAAAAAUAUCAACCCUAAGCGUCUUUACCGUAGGGAAGCUGGAUUCCAUAUACUGAUUACCAGCUACCAACUGUUAGUGUCUGAUGAGAAGUACUUUCGACGUGUGAAAUGGCAAUACAUGGUGCUAGACGAAGCCCAGGCAAUCAAAAGUUCGAACAGUAUAAGGUGGAAGACAUUGCUCAGUUUUAAUUGUCGAAAUCGCUUGCUUCUUACUGGUACUCCGAUCCAGAAUAACAUGGCAGAAUUGUGGGCCCUUCUUCAUUUCAUAAUGCCAACUUUAUUUGACAGCCAUGAACAAUUCAAUGAGUGGUUUUCUAAAGGAAUUGAGAACCAUGCAGAACAUGGGGGCACCUUAAAUGAGCACCAGCUGAACAGAUUGCAUGCAGUUUUAAAGCCUUUCAUGCUUCGACGAGUUAAGAAAGAUGUGAUUUCUGAGCUGACUGGGAAAACAGAGGUUACAGUGCACUGCAAAUUAAGUUCUCGGCAGCAGGUCUUUUAUCAAGCUAUAAAGAACAAGAUAUCGCUUGCUGAGUUGUUUGAUGGCAACCGUGGGCAUUUAAAUGAGAAGAAAAUUCUCAACUUAAUGAAUAUUGUUAUCCAGUUGAGAAAGGUUUGCAAUCAUCCAGAGUUAUUUGAAAGGAAUGAGGGGAGCACAUACCUUUAUUUUGGAGUAAUUCCAAAUUCUCUUUUGCCUCCUCCAUUUGGGGAGUUGGAGGACAUACACUAUGCUGGAGGUCAGAAUCCUAUUACAUACAAGAUUCCAAAGCUUAUCCACCAAGAAGUUGCACAAAGCUUAGCUGUCGGGCCUGCUGUUUGCACAGAGUUCUUCCAGAAACAUUUUAAUAUAUUUUCUGCAGAAAAUAUUUAUCGAUCCAUUGUCCAACGAGACAGUAGCUUGGAUGGUUUGUCUGGCAUGAGCGGGUCAUUUGGUUUUACCCGCUUGAUGGAUUUGUCCCCAACAGAGGUUUCAUUUCUGGCCACUGGUUCUUUUAUGGAAAGGCUACUGUUUUCCAUUGUGAGAUGGGACGAUCAAUUUUUAGACGGAAUUUUAGACUCCUUAUUAGAGACUGAUGAAGAUCUUACCUGCAGUCACCUUGAAAAGGGAACAGUGAGAGCUGUUGCACGAAUGUUACUGAUGCCUUCAAGAUCUGAUGUUAAUUUAUUUAGAAGGAAUCUUGCAACAGGUCCUGGCCAUGCUCCAUCUGAGGGUUUGGUUGUCAGUCAUCAGGAUAGACUUCUGUCUAACAUAAGGGUUCUUCAUUCAGCACAUGCUUUCAUUCCUAGAACGAGAGCUCCCCCAAUAAAUGCUCAUUGCUCAGAUCGAAAUUUUGCUUACAAAAUGCUAGAAGAACUACAUCACCCAUGGGUUAAGAGGUUGUUAAUUGGAUUUGCCCGCACAUCUGACUGUAAUGGACCCCGGAAACCAGGUGGCCCUCAUCACUUGAUUCAAGAGAUUGAUUCUGAAUUACCUAUUUCACAGCCUGCCCUUCAGUUGACAUAUAAGAUAUUUGGGUCUUGUCCACCAAUGCAAAGCUUUGACCCAGCAAAGUUGCUGACAGACUCUGGGAAGCUUCGGACACUGGAUAUACUACUAAAACGGCUGCGGGCAGAAAAUCAUCGUGUUCUAUUGUUUGCACAAAUGACAAAAAUGUUGAAUAUUCUUGAGGACUACAUGAACUAUAGGAAAUAUAGGUAUCUUAGACUUGAUGGAUCCUCCACUAUUAUGGAUCGCAGAGACAUGGUCAAUGACUUCCAGCAUCGGAGUGAUAUCUUUGUAUUCUUGCUGAGUACCAGGGCUGGUGGACUGGGUAUUAACUUGACAGCUGCUGACACUGUCAUAUUCUAUGAAAGUGACUGGAAUCCAACCUUGGAUUUACAGGCAAUGGAUAGAGCCCACCGGCUGGGUCAGACAAAGAAUGUUACUGUCUACCGAUUAAUUUGUAAAGAAACAGUUGAAGAGAAGAUUUUGCAAAGAGCGAGUCAAAAAAGUACUGUCCAACAGCUUGUCAUGACAGGUGGUCAUGUUCAGGGUGAUCUUUUGGCUCCUGAGGAUGUUGUUUCUUUACUUCUGGAUGAUGCCCAGAUAGAGCAGAAACUGAGAGAAGCUCCAUUGCAGCUUAAGGAUAAACAAAAGAACAAACGCGGGUCUAAGGGUAUCCGAUUAAAUGCUGAAGGGGAUGCAUCAUUGGAGGAUCUUGCAAACAUUGGAUCCCAAGGUACUGGGUCUGAACCCUCUCCGGAUCCAGAGAGAGCCAAGUCCAGUAGUAAAAAGAGGAAAGCUAGUGCUGGGAAGCAGUCUCCUCCAAGACCAAGAAAUCCUCAAAAAGCUACAAAAAAUGGAGAUUCCUAUCCUGGGAUGAACGAAUCCUACUCAAUGCAAGUUGAUUAUGAGUUGGACGAUCCCUUACAAGACAAUGAACCACAAUUGAAACCCAAGAGGCCAAAGAGGCCAAAGAAGAGUGUAAAUGAACAUCUUGAACCUGCAUUUAGCACGCAUUUGACAGAGCAGAACCAGUUUGCAUCCAUCAAUGAGUUGGGUUCUGGCGGUUUCAGAGGAGGAGCUGGGGAUGACACCGCACCUCAUAACAAUGGAUUAGCUGGAUAAUGUUACGAAACUGGUUGGUUUAAUAUAAUUGAUGAAGUUGCGGGCCUGCUUUCUUUUUUAAUGAAAGUCUGCAAAUUCACCUCAGUGUCUGACAUGGCAUUUCAGACCUCCGGUCCGCCUUCAUCCAAUCCUGUUUCUGCCUAGAAACUGCUCAUCUAGCGGAAACAGUGGAACACGUAUAGCUGUAAGAUAGUUUUGUACAGAUUAUUUUGAUCCAGUUUUGGUGCCGGACUCGCCGGAAGGCAUGGAUCUGUAUAGUUGUUGCUGUCUUCCUAAAUCAUUAUUUUGGCUUGUAAGCAAUAUAUAUAAUAUAUAUAUAGAAAAGAACUUGUCGAUAGCCUCAAGAAUACGAGCUUUUUCGAAUGUUAUAAAAAAAGAAUGCUCUCUCUCUCUC